AUGGCUCUCUGGAUCCAAUCGUUGCCUCUCCUGGCCCUCCUCGCCUUUUCCGGCCCCGGGAGCAGCCACGCGGCUGUCAACCAGCACCUCUGUGGCUCCCACUUGGUGGAAGCUCUGUACCUGGUGUGUGGGGAGCGGGGCUUCUUCUACCAGCCCAAAGCCCGGCGGGAUGUUGAGCAGCCUCUAGUGAGCGGUCCCUUGCACGGUGAGCUGGGAGAGCUGCCCUUCCAGCAGGAGGAGUUUGAGAAAGUGAAGCGAGGGAUUGUUGAGCAAUGCUGCCACAACACCUGCUCCCUCUACCAGCUGGAAAACUACUGCAAUUAG